AUGAUCAAAAAUUCCAAAUUUUACAUAAUUUAUGAUUUAAAGACUAAAAAAAAAAUAUUAUUUACUUAUAAUAUCUAAAUUCAUAAAACUUAUUAUUUCAGAUUUAAUUAUUUAAAUAUUACAAUAAAAAUGAUGAAUUAAUAAAAGCAAGUGACACUAAUUAUUAAGUCAGGAGAAUAUUUUACCUAUAAUUCACAAGAAUUAGAUUUCUAUAAGAUCAAUUAUCAUCCAGAAUUUGAUCCAAAUGAUUUUUUUGCUGCUGCUAGGUUGUUGUAUUAAUUGUCUUAUUAAACAAAAAUUUUAACUCUUGAAUAAUAUGUGGAAAUAUUAUAUAAGAGUGAGUUUAAAGAAUUACUUAAAGUAAUCAUCAAAGGUGAUGUAAUCAAAUCAACAAAGGAUGAAAAAAUUAUUUUGAUUGAAUUUUCGCUUAAUUCAGGAUUUAAAUCCUAAAUUAUCCCCUUUUUAUUGUAAAGAAAAGAAGAAGCGUUGCCCAAAAAAAGAUUUGCUUUAUUAAUAACAGAGCCCCAAUAUUAUGAUAAAUAUGUAAAUAUAAUGGAGGCAUUGCACUUAGGAAUCUACAAAUAAGAAAAUGAAGAUUGGGAAAUUCAUCUAGUAUAUAUUUUUCUAAUUUUAGGCAAUAGAGAAACAAUUUCCAAAAUUAGAAGGUUUAGAAGGGAUUGUUAUUACUGGUUCAACAAGUUCAGCUUAUGAUGUGUGGGAGGAUUGGAAGGAACCAUUAUUUAAUUUUUUAAAAGAAGCAGAUAAACUAUAAAUUAAAAUGCUGGGAAUAUGUUUCGGACAUCAAAUUUUAGCUCAUUGUUUAGGUGGAGAAGCAAGGAAAAUGACUCAUGUACCUCGAAUGCAAGUGGGAAGAUUAACUUUACUAUCAGGUUUAGAAUUUGCAGAAUAUCAUAUAAAAAAUUUAAAUGUAUAUUAAAUACAUGGAGAUUAUGUUUUUGAACUACCAAAAAAUAGUGAACCGUUGAUGAGUGCACAACAUUGCCAAAAUUAUGCUUUUAAAAGUUCACACCUAUUAGGAUUAUAAUUUCACCCUGAGUUUAAUCCAUUGAUCUUAUUAUAUUUUUUUUGGGAUUUUGAAGAUUAACAAUUAAAAGAAGUUUAUUUAAAAUAAUGCUAUGAUAGCUUUAAAUAAGGAGAGGAUCAAUAAUUAGCAAUUUGGGCUUACAUUAUAAACUUUUUAAAAAAUAGUUGA